AUGAAUUAAUGCAUCAUAUGGAUUAAGCUUUUGCUUAGAAAAUGCUUAUCAAUCUUCUAGUACACUAAAAUUAGAACAGCUGAUUCACAUUACUAGAUGCAAUAGUUUAAUUAAGUAGAAUUGAAUGCAGAUAAAGACAUUGAGAAUAAUUUAAAAGAAGAGUUAAAGAAUGAGAAUUACGAGACUGAGUUGGCAACAUCUGAUUUGGAAACAAAAAUUCAAUCACAAAAAUAAUAAUUAAUUGAAAAAUAGGAAAUAAUCGAAGAGAUCCCAUAACCUAUUGAUAUAAGCACAGUUAGAUAAUUUAUUGAGACAACUCCUAAUAUCGAUAUUCAUAACAAGGAGAUUCUAACAGAAUUAGGUAAUAAAUCAAUUGAAAUAUAUCAUUCAAUUCUAUAUGAUUAUGAUGGAUAUGAAUAAUUAGAGGACAAUUAAGAUGAAUUUAGUUAUUGGAUUAAAUAUAUAGAGACUCCUGAAAAAUUUUAGAUUCAUCAGAUGAGAUACAAAUACACUCUUAACACAACUAUUUAGAAAUAUAUGGCCUUUAUGAAAAACUUAGAAUUGCAAAAGAAAUUGGAUUCCUCCAUUGAUUAAUUUGAAUAACAUUACUCGGAUGAUUCUUUAUAAAUUAAUUACUUAAGGUAUAAGAAGAUCCUUUUUAUGGAUCCCAGAGAUUUCCUAUUUGCUAAGUUUACAAAAUCCAUUGACGAGAACACCGUUUUUGAAAUUAGCAAAUCCAUAGAAAAUGAUGAAUUUUAGCCUUUCAAUCCAUCUUCUAAAUCAACAACUAGGGCCUUUCUUUUAAUGAGUGGAAAUUAUAUAAGGUAAAUUGAAGAAAAUAAAUUGGAAAUAUAAACAUAUUCUGAAUGCAAUAUGAAAUUGAAAUUAAAACCAAUGAUGACUAAAACAGCUAGUAAAAAUGAAAUUAAGAAAUUAAUAAAGAAGUACCGUGAUCAUUUUAAUUAGUAAUGA